GUCUCCCCACACUGCUGCUGGGGGGGGACUUUUUAAACAUAGGCCUCUGUAUGGCCUUCAAUUUAAGCUGCUUACGCUUCGCCACUCUGCCAUGGGCCCCGCCAGACUCUGCCAUGUGCCACUUUCAGGUCUCCUUACACUGGUUGGUGGGGUGCUGUAUGGCCUUCCAUUGCUGCUGCCUCCACCGCCACCCUGCGCCAUGUGCCUCUGUCGUCUGCUCACGCUGCUGACGGCUUCCGCUUUUUAACCAAGGCCUGUGUUUGGCUUCCGAAUACUGCUGCAUCCACCGCCACCCUGCGCCAUGUGUCUCUGUCGUCUGCUCACGCUGCUGCC